UAAGUUGGCACCACUGGUGACACUCAGGCACUAGUGGGGCCCAGGGAGGUGUUCAGAUGAGCACGCCAGCACAAAGGCACUGGUGGAGGUGCAUCAGGCAGCAAUGCCCAGCAGGUAGACCACUAGCCUGUAUUUUCAUAAGCUCAAACCUGAAGAGAAAGUCACACAUAAAUACACAUAGUUUGCCAUAGUGAGUGACAGCUCUAUAGGGAAAUGUCUGUAAUAAGUGAGAUAAAGCACAGGAUAUGAUGUUUGUAACAGAGUCUACAUAUUAUAUAAGGUGUAUAUUUAGCCAUAUAUAUAUACUGUACAGAGAGAUUUGGAGGGAGACACAAAGACAGACACACAACAAGUUCUGUUUUUUCCCCCAUUAGCAUUCCUUAGGUAGUAGUAGGCACUACGGGAAUGAACUGCUUCUUUCAUGUGUGUGACAGAAUUGUGUGUGUGGGUGUAUGCCUGUGUGUGUGUGUGUGUGUGUGUAGUCGUCUCACUUAACUUUUGAGAUAGAGAAGAAUAUGUUUCACUCUUCAAUGGUAAUGUGCGGUCAGCACUGUACUAUUAGACGCUAUUGUUAGAGUUAGCCAUGAUCCUGUCGCUACCUGGGACUGUGUGUCAGUGUACAGACCAUGGUCUUCUACACGUCACAUCACUUUUUACAUGCAUCCCCACCACAGAAGCAGUAGCAACAGUGAGGAUGCGCUUACUUCAAGAUCACACCCUGCCGUGGUGAAUCUUUACAUGGAAGAAGUGGAGAGCCGAGCUCUACACUUCUACGUGGACACAUCACCCAGCCACUGGUUCCAAUAUGUGGACGACACUUCAGUCAAAAUUAAGCUCCAGCAGCUACACACUGAAACCCAGUUGCCCAGUUUCAGGUCUGGCAUUUCUCAACAGCACUAAAGAGUUCACGUCGGAACAGCUGGUGAUGCUGUUGGAGCUUCUACUGGAGAAAUCAGACCUAAGUGGAGCAACAAUGCAAGCUCUUCAGAGAACCUACAGCCUCCAGUGUCAAGACGCUGAGGUGCGACAUCGCUGGUGUGAACUGGUGGUCAAACAUGGACAUUGUCAGGCCUAUGGAGAUGUGGAACACUUUCUGAUACAUGACCAAGCUAUGGGUGUAUAUCUUUACGGGGAGCUGAUGGUUCACGAAGCUGCUGAACAGCAGGCUUUGGCUUAUCGCUGUCUUUCAUUGGUACAAGAAGGAAUGGACCAAUCAGCUCGCAGAGUGGUGGAAGAGAUGAUCCUGUAACAGGUUGUUAAAACUGGAGCUGAAAAGUGGAUGCACACAGAGAGAGGAGUCAAAGGUCUAAGACAUUUUUUUCCCUAUAGCCAAAAGGCCGCUGCAAAAUCACUGAUCAAAUUCUGCACUCUCCCUGCAGUCAAAGCCAAGUGACUGCAUUAGACGGCAUUCAUUUAAGUCUAACAGUGUUAUCUGUUAACUUGGGAUGUUCGAUAUUAGCUUGAUUAUGUAAUAUUGCUAAGAAUUGUUAUCGGUUCCGAUAAUGAAAACCUGCAAUGCCUGGGUUUUGCCCAGAUGAUGUGACCUAAAACUAGUUUUGAAGUGAAAGUAAAAAUUAUAAUAAUUAGUGCACAGUAUUGUCUUUGUGUUGUGUGUGUCUGUGUGUGUGUGUGUGUGUGUGUGAGUGAGAGAGAGAGAGAGAGUCUAUAGUCUAAAGCCAUGAUCUGUUUCUAUUGGGUUUAUAAAAUCAUUCCAGGUGAAUGAUGUUUUUAUACAUAGAAAUGUCAUUCAUGGCUGUUUUUUUUUUACAUGUGUGACAGUUGGCAAAACUUAAAGAUUUUUACUGACAGUAACAGUGCUUACUGAACUCUGAACUGAAAUUUUUGUUGCUAGGCUUCACACUGUAUUGGCUGCAAAACUAUUCACUCACUGCACAUCUGCACACAAACACACCAUCUUCUGAUCAUCUAAGUCACAUCACUAGACAAACAGUCUGCUUAAACUAAUACUGCACAAAAAAUGUUUUCAUGUUUUUAUUGAAAACAACAUGUAAACAUUCACAGUGCAGGGUGGAAACGUAUAUGAACCUUUGGAUUUAAUAACUGGUUGACCCUCCUUUGGCAGCAAUAACCUCAACCAAACAUUUGGUCUAGUUGCAGAUCAGACCGACACAAUGAUCAGGAGGAAUUUUAGACCAUUCCUCUGUAAAAACUGUUUCAGUUCAGCAAUAUUUUUGGGAUGUCUGGUGUGAAUCGCUCUCUUGAGUUCAUACCACAGCAUUUCUAUCGGGUUGAGGUCAGGACUCUGACUGGGCCACUCCAGAAGGCGUAUUUUUCUUCUGUUGAACCCAUUCUGUUGUUGAUUUACUUCAGUGCUUUGGGUCGUUGUCCUAUUGCACCACUUGUCCUCUCUUAAGCUUCAGUUGGCGGACGAAUGGUCUGACAGAUGGCGGGUAGUUUUCAAAAUGUCUUGAUAAACUUGGGAAUUCAUUUUUCCAUCGAAGACAGCAAUCGGUCCAGGCCUUGAGGCAGUAAAGCAGCCCCAAACAACAAUUAAUUAUCAUACAUCUUCUGAGAGCUCUUUUGUGCGAGGCAUGGUUCACAUCAGACAAUGCCUCUUGGGAAUAGCAAACUCAAAACUGGUGUGUUUUUUUAAAGGGCAACUUUAACCAACACAUCCAAUCUCAUCACAUUGAUUGGACUCCAGGUUGGCUGACUCCUGGCUCCAAUUAGCUCUUGGAGAAGUUAUUAGCCUAGGGGUUCACAUACGUUUUCCACCAUGCACUGUAAAUGUUUACAUGUUGUGUUCAAUAAAAACAUGAAAACGGUUCACAUACUUUUUCUUGCAACUUUAUUGUACCUAACUUUUAUUUGCAAUAGUCCAAAGCGCUCCUGUGCAUUGCCUGGCUUUUCUGUUGCGUUUGUUUGUUUGCUGAGCCAGCACGCACUUCUCUGUCAACUCCUCUCCCUCCUCGGGACCCCCGGGUCACCUAGACCCAAUAUCUCUUUGUGUCUGUCUGUGUGUGUGUGUGUGCGUGCAUGCGUGAGUAUGCGUGCGUGUGCAUGUACCUGUACUGCAUGACUUGUGCCAACUUUUCCUCAUAUUCAUUAAUACUAAUUAUAAUCAUAUUGUAAUAAUCAUUGCAAGGACAAACAAAAAUGCGAAGGACCGCACAAGGGUUAAUAAGGUCCAAUACACCUAUCGGUGCCGAACAACAGUUCAAAGGGAGAAAAUCCCAUGGAGGCCUGGGGCACCUCCCGCACUGCAAACGACAGGGGGUCUAGCCACUUAUCCCAGUUUGUACUGUCCUCCUGAAUGAACUUAUGGAUAAUGGACUCAAAGUCUUAUUCAGACACUUCGCCAAUCCAUCGGCCUGAGGAUGGUAGACGCUGCUCCGAAUAGACUUAAUGCCCAUACAGUACUUUCAGGUCUGUGACAUAAAUGAUGUUCCCUGGUAGUCAUAAAACUUGCUCAUGUAGCCUACGAAUUUUCCAGCUGUUUUAAAACAGUACCUUAUUAAAUUAGCAUAAUUUCCAUGUAGUCAUAAAACUUCCUCAUGUAGCCUGCGAACUUAUGUGUAUGCAAUUCGAAUGUCUAAUUGCACUGUGAUUUUCCAGCUGUUUUAAAAAAGUACAACACCACCACUGACCACCCUUCAAUGAUGAAAGAUCUAGCAGAGCCACCAUUCACACAAGAGAGUAAAAAGAUAAAACACUGGUGUUUUAAAUUUAUUUUCAUCUUUUGGCUUAUGCUUGAUAUGACUUGGUUCAAUUUGUAAUUUGUAUCUAUUGUUACUAUAUGUGGUAUAAUCUCUUUGACCAAUGCUUUUGCCACUGUAAUAGCAUCAGCAGCUUUUGAUGGGAACAAUUCUACCCAUUUAGAAAAGGCAUCCACUAUGACUAGACAGUAUUUCUUGGAGUUCAAUGAAAUCCAUAUGUAGCACCUGGAAUGGGUAAUUAGGUUUUGGGAACUUUCCUCUUUUUGGUCCCAUGUUCUCUUGUGAAUUAUGUUUAUCACAUGUUAGACAUGCUGCACAAUUUUUUUUUAGUAAUUAUUAAAUCUAUAGUUGGUGAACACUUUGUUUAUGGUAUUCACCGUCCCUCCUCCAAUAUUGCAACCCAUUUAAACAAUGAUUUUGGUAAAAUUGGUUUACUUUCAGGUGAUACAUAUAUUUUAUUGACUGUCUGACCUGACCCUUACAUCACUUUCUCUCACUUCCUCUUUACCUUCUUUUCACUUUCUCUUUACCUUCUUUUCACUUUCUCCUUACUUUCUUUUCCUGUUGAUGCCCUCAUGACAUUAUGAAUGCAGUAAAGUUGACAUAUGCUACAACAA